AUGUGCCGGCAGUUGUUUUCUCUUUCGAAGUUUCUCCUCUGCUUGUUGCUGAUAUGCUUCGGCAGUACGGCUGUGCGCUCCGAGGGGAAUGGACGAAAGGUGGUGCAGCUGCCAAAAGGUGUCGAUCUUUUUCUGCCGCAUCGAACGAUUGUGGAAGCACAUGCUGGAAGUAAAACGAGGGAUUCCUUUGUCUCACCUUCCCUUGCCUAUUUUGGUGGAGUCUUGGUUGCGCUUGCCGAGGGUCACAUCGACAUUCGAGCUUCGUAUGAGGAAUAUCCUUCAGCCUAUUAUGCCGAUGUUGUGGCGGGGUACAUUAACUCUGCGAAGAACUGGUCGUCUUUUGUUGAUGAGGUCAAUGCAAACGAAUGGAGGGCACAUAGCAUCUUUAAUAUGACCACGCAAGACGAGCAUGAUGUUCGGGUGAGACGCAAGGCCCGACCCACCACAAUUGCAAGGGGCAAUAAGGUCUUUCUACUUGCGGGGGGCUACUCUCUGAAAUAUGAGCCUUCAUCGGAGAGGUGGAUUAAACCCUUUUGGGGUCUCGAUUUGCUUGUGGGUGAGGCCACGCAAGAUAAAGUCAUCCAAUGGGGCAAACCCACCUCGCUUGUACCACAAAUCGAACCAUCUGCUAAACAACUUGACUUGGACCAGUUUGUUGGUGGUGGUGGCUCGGGUGUUGUGAUGGAGGAUGGCACGCUUGUGUUUCCUGUGACGGCGAGGAGGACAGAAGACAACGAAACUGCCUCAAUGAUCAUUUAUUCGAAGGACGACGGCAAAAAUUGGUUGCUUUCACAGGGGAUGCUCCCCGCACGGUGCUCUGACCCCCUCAUCAUCGAGUGGGAGCAGGGGCAGCUUGUCAUGGUUGCCAAAUGCGAUUUGCUCUCCAAUGUGUUCGAGUCGAGGGACAUGGGGGCAACGUGGAGGGAGGCUGUCAGGACACUGACACGCGUGCAGCCCAGGUUUUUACCAAACUCUUUGCGAACAGCUGAGGGAGUGGGGUCUUUCACCACUGCGACCAUUGCUGGAAAGAAGGUAAUGCUGUACACUCAGAAAGGGAUUCCCCCUGGGAGUACAGUGGCAAAUACGCUCUACCUUUGGGUUGCUGACAACAACCGCACGUUUUAUCUCGGGCCCAUUUCCAUGGACACUGCAGUGGAGGAACCGUCUGUCAAUGCUCUGCUGCACUCUAAUAAUGCGUUGCAUCUUUUACAAGUAAAGGGCGAUUACACGGAAAGUAGUCUGUUUUUUACUUCUUUACCGGAACAGCUGAAGACGAUUACGUCCGUCUUGGAGACUUGGGCAAAAAUGGACUCCUUCCUCUCCAACUCCUCUGUGCCCACGACCGGUCUGGUUGGAUUUUUGUCGGAUGCAUCGGGUGAUGGAACUUGGAAUGACGCGUACCGUUGUGUGAAUGCAACUGUGACGAAUGCAAAGAAGGUCGAAAAUGGCUUUAAGUUCACCGGGUCCGAAUCAUACGCCAUGUGGCCCGUGAACAUGCGCAGGUAUCACAAUGUGCAGAGCCUUGUCAAUCACGAGUUCACGCUUGUGGCGACGGUAACGAUCGCUGAGGUUCCGAAAGAGAACGCUCCUCUGCUGGGUGCGGCGUUGGGUAUAAGGAAAAACUCGAGGUUUGUGGGGCUAUCGUACACCACAGAGAAACGGUGGGGGACAGUCUUCAACGGUAUCACUAGAACAAUACACAACAGCACUUGGAAGCCGGGGAGGGAGUACCAGGUGGCGCUCAUGCUGCAGGGCAACGAGGGCUCCGUGUACGUGGACGGCGUGCUCGUGGGGAAUACUAACAAACUACCAACCCUUGAGGAACGCAGGUACCAAAUAUCUCACUUUUAUUUUGGCGGCGGCGAAAACAGCAGUGUGACAGUAAAAAACGUCUUUUUGUACAACCGCCGACUAAGUCAAGAUGAACUCAAAGCAGUUAACAGCUCACAUGUAUCCGAACAACGUGCAGUUGACAGUUCCGAUUCAACCGAGCAACGUGCAGUUGACAAUUCCGAUAUGUCCGAACAACGUGCAGUUGACAGUUCCGAUAUGUCCGAACAACGUGCAGUUGACAGCUCCGAUGCAUCCGAGCAACGUGCAGUUGACAGUUCCGGUGCAUCCAAGCAACGUGCAGUUAACAGCUCCGAUAUGU